GUCAAUCAUAGCUUCCACCGCUGAAGCCCGAAUAGCGGAGGAAGAGGAGAUUUAUUUCCACUGAAAUACUGAAGAAGCGAAACCUGCGGGUUGUUUUACUGUUACUGCUGCCGAAAAGCUGCGAAGAUGAUCCACAGCCUGUUCCUCGUGAACGCUACGGGGGACAUAUUCCUGGAGAAGCACUGGAAGAGUGUGGUCAGCCGCUCCGUGUGCGAUUACUUCUUCGAGGCGCAGGAGCGCGCGACCGAGCCCGAAAACAUCCCUCCGGUCAUUCCAACCCCUCAUCACUACCUCAUCAGCGUGCUGCGCCACCGCAUCUACUUCGUGGCCGUCAUUCAGAGCGAGGUGCCGCCUCUGUUCGUCAUCGAGUUUCUCCAUCGUGUCGUCGACACCUUUCAGGACUAUUUUGGUGUGUGCACUGAAGCAGCUAUCAAAGACAACGUCGUUGUGGUGUAUGAGCUGCUGGAGGAGAUGCUGGACAACGGCUUCCCUCUGGCCACAGAGUCCAACAUCCUGAAAGAGCUGAUCAAACCUCCAACCAUCCUGCGCACCGUCGUCAACACCAUCACAGGAAGCACUAAUGUUGGGGAGCAGCUCCCCACCGGACAGCUCUCUGUGGUGCCGUGGCGACGCACUGGAGUCAAAUACACCAACAACGAGGCCUAUUUUGAUGUUGUGGAGGAGAUUGAUGCCAUCAUCGACAAGUCAGGUUCCACGAUCACCGCAGAGAUCCAGGGGGUGAUUGAUGCCUGUGUGAAGCUGACGGGCAUGCCUGACCUGACUUUGUCAUUUAUGAAUCCCCGUCUGUUGGAUGAUGUGAGUUUUCACCCGUGUGUGCGGUUUAAGCGCUGGGAGGCCGAGCGGAUUCUCUCCUUCAUCCCUCCCGAUGGAAACUUCCGGCUGCUCUCUUACCACGUCAGCUCACAGAAUCUGGUGGCCAUUCCUGUCUAUGUGAAGCACAACAUCACAUUCCGCGAGGGCAGCUCUCAGGGCCGGUUUGAUCUGACUCUGGGGCCGAAGCAGACGAUGGGGAAGGCGGUGGAGUCGGUGUUGGUCAGCAGUCAGCUGCCCCGCGGCGUCCUGAACACCAGCCUCAACCCCUCACAGGGCACUUACACAUUCGACCCCGUCACCAAGCUGUUGACGUGGGACGUGGGCAAGAUUAACCCGCAGAAGCUGCCCAGUCUGAAGGGCACCAUGAGCCUGCAGGCCGGAGCCUCCAAACCAGACGAAAACCCAACAAUCAACAUCCAGUUCAAAAUCCAACAGCUCGCCAUUUCAGGCCUGAAGGUAAAUCGCUUGGACAUGUACGGCGAGAAAUACAAACCAUUCAAAGGCAUCAAGUACAUGACCAAGGCGGGCAAAUUCCAGGUCCGGACCUAGAGACUGGCCGCCCUGCAGCUUCCAGCCGACACCGACGACAACAAAAAUACAGCAGGGGGUCACAGUGGAAAAGCGGGGGCUUGAGAACUGGGAGUUUUGAGUUGGCACGUUCUAAGUGGGUACGCAUUUCAGGAAUUUGGAAGAAUUCUUCAGCCCAAAAAAUGCUAACAAUCCAUGAAAUAUUGCAAAGUUCCACCUGGCUUGAUCUUACUCAGACAACGCUAUCUGGCUUUUGUUAGAUCUCAUUCAUUUUUAUCAGUGUUAGCAUUCCUGAGGUAGAAGCAUUCCUUUAAAACCAGCCCCUGUUCUCUCAUAUGGAGGAGAACUGAGGGAACCGAGUUACACAGUCAGAAAAGCAGACACUAAUCCUUCCAGACUACACAGACAGUGGCAGUAUGUCAUUGUGUUGGAGUCCUGCUCUCGCAUUCCUUAUCAAAAUGACUCAUUUCUCAUCAUCCUGAUGUGUUUAAGUUCUAUUCGGAUGGGAUACGUUUUCCAGACACGUGCUAUGUGUCCAAAAGUUUGUGGACACCUGCUCAUCCAGCAUUGAAUUGGAUGGUAUUAAUAGUGGGUUUGUCCCUCUUUGCUACAGUAACAGCCUCUACUCUUCUGGGAAGGCUUUACACUAGUUUUGGAACAUUGCUGUGAGGAUUUGAUUGCAUUCAGCCACAAUAGCAUUAGUGUGGUCAGGUACUGAUGUUGGAUGGUCAGUUCUGGAUCACUCCGUUUCAUUCCAAAGGUAUUGGACGGAGCUCCAUCACUCCAGAGAACGCAGUUCCACUGCUCCACAGCCCAAUGCUGGGGGGCUUUAUACCCCUCUAGCCCACUCUUGGCUUUGGGCAUGGAGCUCCAGAGCAAUGGGUGCACCUUAAAGUGUCAUUCCAGCCUAAAACUAGCAUUUAAUGUCUUUUGUUAUGUGGUAUUUUUGUAUCCCUUAGCCUCAUCAGUUUGGCAGAAUUCAUAAUUUUACAUAGUUUUUGUGUUUCCGUCCAUCAGUGUUCUCUCACUACAAUACCCAGCAUGCAUUGCGCAGAUAUGUCGCACAACUAUUGGGAAUCUCCUCCACAGCAAUGAAGAAACCCACCGAUGUAGAGGCUGAUAAAUACAGAUGUGAUAUUUGGAUUCCUGCACUUCUUCAAGGGUUCUUUAGUAAAACAG